AUGGGGGACAUUACACCUUCUGUUCUGCACACGCCCUCACUUCCUGUCCAAAACGCAACAAUUCCUUUCUGGCGAAUCGCCCCAGAUGAGUUGGACACACAUCGCACCACAGAGAGUAUUCCAUCAGAAUGUGAUAUCCUGAUCAUUGGGGGUGGCUACGCGGGUAUCUCGGCUGCUUAUCACCUCCUCGCUUCUGAAAAGGCGAAGUCGCGCAAAGAUCUGGAUAGCCUGAAGGUCAUCUUGGUCGAAGCGCGAGGGGCUUGCUCUGGCGCGACUGGAAGAAAUGGUAGCGUUAUUUUGUCUAAGGUCACGCGCUCGCACUCGCUUACUUCCAUCCAGGUGGACAUAUACGACCCUCUGUUUAUACUCGUCUUCCAUCGCUGAUCAAAUUUUACGGCGAAGAGGCCGCUGCCGAGCUUUGCGCUUUUGAGGAUGAUCAUGUGCAAGCCAUUGCCGAACUUGCCAAGAAGGAGGGAAUUGAUUGUGACUUCGUCGUUACGCGUUCUUUUGACAUCCAUACCAAUUGCGACGAUGCCAAUGCCGCCAAGAAGACUUUUGAGAAGAUGAAGAAGAAGGGGGUCGCGGUGAGCACUUUGGAUACAUUGUAAUGGACUGAUGAGAAAGAUGCCGAAAAGGUGAGGUCUUCUAUUGUUAAGUUGAAUCGAAGUAUUUACUGACUGACCAUGACAAGGUCUCUCAGGUCAAAGGCUGCGGUGGUUGCUUCUCUUUCCCAGCUGCACAGGUUUCACCUUAUAAACUGAUGAUGGGGCUCCUUAAGAUUGCCAACGAUACAGGAAAGCUCAACAUCCAAACGAACACCCCCGUUACAGCCCUUGAGUCGUCCCAGGAACAUUCCGAGAAAUGGACAGCACAUACCCCACGUGGUCCCAUCACUGCUAAAAAUAUCAUCAUGGCCACCAAUCGCUAUACAGCAUCUCUCCUUCCAGAAUACAAAGGCAAAAUUGCCCCUUGCCGAGGGAUUUGCUGCCAUAUUACCAUACCAGAAGGGAUCAAGGCACCAGACAUGACCGAUAAUUACUGCCUGCGUCUCCCCAAAGGUUCCCAUGACUAUCUCACUUCUCGCCCAGACGGCUCGAUUGUUGUAGGUGGUGUACGUGCGGAUUUCCUCCCUCUUAGGGACGAAUGGUACAACAAUAUUGACGAUUCAAAGCUUAUUGAGACGGCAAAAAGCUACUUCGAUGCCUAUAUGCAAGACCAUUUCAUCGGAUGGGAGAAUACGGGGGCAAGAGUUGAGAGUAUCUGGACUGGAAUCAUGGGAUAUAAUGCCGAUGGCGUUCCUAGCGUCGGAGCAGUUCCAGGAAAGAAGGGAGUUUGGAUUUCUGCGGGUUUUGAUGGUCAUGGAAUGCCGGUUAUUUGGCUGACGAUGAAAGGAUUGGUGGACAUGAUAAUGGAUGGAAGUUCGUUCGAGGAUUCCGGCACCCCCAGAAUCUUCAAGACGACUGUCGAUCGCUUAGAGGACCUGAGAGAUGAUUAUGCCCAUAAGGCAUGA